AUGGCCAAUUCUCAAGAGAAGAUGUAAUAGGAUUAUAUCUGGAUCAGAGACUAAUCUACCGGGGAUGCUGAUGUGAAGAUGCGAACCUUCGGAUAACAUUAUCUCUAUUAUCACGCUCCAAAUAAAAGAGAGCGAUUGGAAAUGAUUUGGAGGUCCAUGGGAAAGGCAUACGAUUGGGAAAUGGAGAAAUUCAGAAUGCAAAAAAAAUUCAUUGACAGAGGCAAUAAAAGGAGAUUCUUCAAAAACUUUUUCAGAUUAAUCAAGAACCCUAUGGGUUACAUCUAUUGGAAGACCUACAAAAUCAGACAACCCAAAGGCAGAAUCAUCACAACCAUGCUUGGCCUCGGAGUAAUUGGAACAUUGUUCAAAUACAAAAUGGAAUCAAACCAAAUCCAAAAAAGAGAAUAUUAUUUAUUGACUGCAGGCAAGAACUCAGAAGGAAGUGGACUCAUCAACACUGGCUACAACAAUGAUAAAUUGGCUCGUCAAGGAAUGCCCCUCACUCAGAUGUUCUACUCUUAUCUAUUGGCCAAAGAUAUCGUUGUCUCAAGAUCACGAGAUCAAAACUACAGAAAAUACUUUGAAAUGAGAAAAAAGUAUUAAAUCAAAGAAUGAGAUCACAAUAUAUACACAUAUAUAAAUAUAGAUAAUAAAAUGUAUAAUCAAUAUGUA